AUGAAUAGAAAAAUUGCAUUGUUGUUGGUUAUUACGGUUGCUGUACAAUCACAAAAUGCAAAUAAAGCAUUUGUAAAGAUUACUUAUAUGUCAACCAACUGUACAAAUGGCAGUGAAUCGUAUAGUCACUAUACUAUUAUUGGUGAAUGUGUUCGUGGUUCAAUUUAUAAUUAUGAUGAAAGUUCACAAGAGGUUGUAGCUCAACCUUAUAGAUUUGCAGAUUGCACUGGUGACAAGUUCAGACCAUAUACUUAUUCAUUAAACAAGUGUUUGGAAGUUGGUGGAACACAGCCAGAUCAAGGCUACAUGGUCAGCGUUGGCACUGGAUACUCAAUUCCAGAUAACUCUUAUGUUUGGGUUGGAUACACCAGUGGUCAAUGCAACGAUUGGAAGGAUUCUGUCGUUGAACUUAGAUACAGACUCUUGGGUGCCUGUCAACCCACGUCAAGUGGUUCUAGCAAAUUUGACUGUAACACUACUACAUUGUCUGAUUACGGUUAUCCAUCAUAUGAUUUCCAUUGUUCUGGUACAGCAGACAAACCAUGGACUGUCCCAUUUGAAUCUUUAAAUUAUUGUGGCACCAAUGGUAUCAAUGAAUAUAACUUUUGUGUUAAAGAAAAUUAA